GGGCGGCCCAAAAGACAAAGUUUUCUUGGAUGAGGUACCCUCAGGCGGCACGUGUUACUGAAGACAGCCGUCUGUUGUACCUCAUCAUCAAGAUGCUUAAGAACCGGCCGCCAGCCUGUCGUCUCACCUCCCCCACCAAGGUCACCACAGCUAUCAAAGGGCAGUACAAACGCAUUGUAGACCGAGUCAGAGACGACGCCAUCCUGAACAGUCUCUCCAUUCCUCUGCCCAACUUGAACUCCAAAUCCAUCUCCACCUUCAUUGCACGGGAGGAGAAGAAGGCCAACUUCAGGGCGACUGUCAUCCCUAAGGUGAAGCUCCACCGCAGAGUGCUGUCUGACGCACCAAUGCCAGCCGCUCCAACGCUCCCGGCUUCCCUGCCAGCUCCAAGCCGACCUCAGGUCCAGUACCUGAGCCUUCCUCAUGUGGCUGGGGAAAGGCAUGGCCAGAAGCAGAGGUUAGGAGAACCACAGAGGAACAUCCAGCCCAAACCCCCGGUGGCCACUUACAUCCCCCCCAGAGUGUCUGCAGCCCCGGUCCUGGUCGUGGUUCCUGCUCAGCCACAGGCGCCGUCGAUGAUGCUCUGUGGAACCUCCAGCGUUCAGAGCUUCGUACCUUCAGCUCCACCUCCUGCGCUGACAGCCAGGCCAACCAAGCCUCAUAAAUCCUUGAGGCCUUGUGGGGCCUGCAAAGUACCCCAGUGUGGUGGACAGAAGAGGCGAUACACACCCUCCAAAAACAAAACUGCUGGAAGUAGCCAAAAAAUAUUUAGCUUUUGCCCAGCAACAAGAAGAUCCACCACUUCUGGCUUUGAAGGCAUUGUUUAUGACAGCUUUGAGCAUUUCAAGAAGUUCGUAGACAGUGAACUUGAAAAGAAACAAGUAAACUAAAGUGUUUUGUGUUUUGGGAGAGACUACAUUGGCCAGAAA